AUGACACCCCAGCUGUUCCCCCUGCUGCUGCUGCUGCUCCUGGCUGGGAUCCCCGCCACACGGCCGGCUCCCCCGACCUGCUACUCUCGGAUGCUGGCCCUGAGCCGGGAGAUCACCUCUGACUUCCAGAGCCUGCAGGCCACUGAGCCCUCGGAGGCGUGUGUGAGAUACCUGCCCAGGCUGUAUCUGGAUAUACACAAUUACUGUGUGUUGGCCAAGCUGCGGGACUUUGUGGCAUCACCCCAGUGCUGGAAGGUGGCCCAGGUGGAUGCCUUGAAGGACAAAGUACGGAAACUCUACACCAUCAUGAACUCGUUCUGCAGGAGAGAUUUGGUGUUCCUGUCGGAUGACUGCAAUGCGUUAGAAUACCCAAUCCUAGUGACCACGGUCCUCCCGGAUCACCAGAGCUAAGGCAGUUCAGACCAGAGACAGAACCUGGGGGCAUGAAGUUACGUCAGCUGCCCAGACACAACAGGCUAAACCCGUGGCUCCCACAGCUCUCCUUGAAACUCAUGAGUCUCUCUUCACCUUCUGGAAACCACAGCUUGUGCUUCUACCUUGGAAUCAAUUCUGAACAUAAUUAGAAGCUUUGCUUCUCAUUCCCCCUUGUUUUUAUCUUGCCAGGAUGGUUAGAUACACAAGCAUGUUGAUUUGGUCACUGAGAAGAAAAGGGCAAAUCAGCUUCUCUUGUAUGAACAGUCAGCUUGAGAACAAGCAAAAUAGUAUGUUUGUAGUACUACUUUAAUGGCGUGGUGGUACCAUUUUUCUCUCUUGAUAGAAACCUGCUUCCAUUU